UUUACAGUAAGUUAAAAGUGACUUCAACGCAAAUGUUUUGUUAACUUUUUGUCCUAACGUAGAUUCCGUCCGUGCCUGUAAUUCACUAGCUAGCUAGCUAGCUAGCUGUAUUGGUAAUAGAGGAACACCGUGGAAUCGUGGUGUUGCUACUGUCAAGAAGAUAAAUAUUGUAGACCACAAGCAACAAACUGAAUCCUCGCAUGGUGGUGAAAUGUUCUACAUCAAAUAGGAUGCUCGAAGGUAAAUAGAGCUAGACGGACCUGGCCAUCCUUUGAAAACACCCUUGAUAGUUUUUAUGGUGUUGCACCAAUGGACAUGGAAGUCCUGCACACUCCCGGGAGCAACGGGGAACCACUGCAGCCUCUCAGGUACGAGCCAGCAAAAGAUGCAGGUCAAAGCACAGAGAAGACCAGCGAAGUACAAAAUGCAAUUACUCGUGAUACAAGAGAAGGCCCAGUGCCACAUGUUGGAGAAGCACAAGGAAGGGAGAAUCAGAUAGAGGAAGAAAAGCCCGUGGUUGACUGUCCCCCCACUGACUGGUUGGAGCCUCUUGAAGAUGAUGAUCAGUGUGAAGAUGAUGAAAGCGUAGCAGGAGGAAGUGAAUGGAGUCAUAGCGCAAUGGGCAAUGAGAAUGUUUUAAAAACAGUAAACAGACUUAUUCGAACCAAACGCAAGCGUACACAUCCCGACGAGGGAUGGUUUGACUUCCCUGAACUUGGAGAGGGUUGGAAGCGCAAAGAGGUUAUUCGGCAGUCUGGUUCUAGUAUUGGUCAAAUGGAUGUCUAUUACCUCAGUCCUCAAGGUUUUCGAGUAAGAAGCAGAGUAGAGCUGAUGACGUUGUUUGAUGGCGGACGCGACAUAUCAAAAUUUGACUACAAAGCAGGGAAAUUCCAUAAUGGUGAAGUGCGAAGAAGUCGAGGAGGAAGAAAGAGGAAAGUUCGGGAACGUUCCUCCUCAGAGUCCAGUUGGAUGGAGAGAGGCGAGGGUGCGGACACUCCAGACUCAGGCCCCAAGCGUGGUCCCAGCAAUUGGGCCAAAGCCUUCCUCUCAAAGGAGCAUUCUUACCAACAACCUGUCAGUGAAGAUGUAGUACCCAGUAUUAAAAUUAAAUUGUGCGUGCCGUCAUCAAACAAACCACACCUCUCUAUAAAAGGACAACCUGGCCCAGAUGAUAAAACAUUAUUGUGUUCCAAAUGUGGUAUGUCUUUCAUUGGCACAUGGUACGACAGACAAAGGAAGAGACCCAGCUGUCCUUCAUGUUGGGCCACAAAGACAAUUGAGCACCCAUUGAUUCGUAUGCGGAAGCGGAUUCCAUGUGGGCAGUGUGUAGGAUGUCAUAUGACGGUAGACUGUGGCCAGUGCGCCAAUUGCAAGAAUCCUGAAAACCGAAAACGCAUCUGUAGAAUGCGCAAAUGUCUCUGUCCAAUUCGCAGAGCGACUGAAACAGAAAGUCUCAUACCAAAGAUGCCAGAGAACGACAUUUCUGAAUUAUUGGAUGACAGCAUAAGUUUGCAGGAGGAACCUACAGACUCUCAGCAGCUGGAUCUAAAAAGCAACGAAACAGAGAACUUUGACUUUGACGAUGAUGAUGACUACUCAACCGAUGAUGAUGACGAUUGGCAUAGGAAGCGGAAGCGACGUGCCUGUGGAGAAUGUAACGCAUGCCUCUGCAGGAAGGACUGCGGCACGUGUGAUUUUUGUGUUGACAAACCCAAGUUUGGCGGCAGCAAUAAAAAGAGGCAAAAGUGUCGCCUUCGACAGUGCCAGAGACAGGCAAUGAGGCACUUGCUCCCUUUCCAGAUGUCUCAUGCUGAUUGUAGGUCGGAUGAUCCAUCACUGCCAGGCAGGCCAAGGCCUCAUUACACAUACAGUCGAAAGACAAAUUUAAAAAGGAAUAAAUUGCCGCCGGGUGCUUGGGACUUAAGUGAUGAGGAUGACGACUUCAAUGACAUUAAUUGGAGCUUAGAACCUUCAAGCAGUAACAGACACGACAUGAACUUGAUGGACAAAUCCAAACAGUUAAAUCGUUCAAUUUUGGAAGAUCAAGAAAUGGCAAAAAGAGACUGUCUCCCAGACAAAAGUAAAGAUUCUCAAAAUCGGCAAAAUGAAAGGGAAGAAGAGGAGUCUCACCUUGAAACAGAUUGCCCAAGGCAAGCUGAAGAGGAAAAUCAUGAGUUGCCCAUGAUAACACAGAUCUUCAGUUUGGCCGAUAACCCUGUCGAAACAGUGGAUGAAAUGGAUAACCAACUAUUGAACUUGCUCAAUUCUUUGCGCAGCACCUCACUGCCGAUCCUCUGGUAUGCCGUAAUGGCGCAGGGCCCACAGAUUCAGCUUGUUCAGUGUUCAAAACAAUCCAAUAUGUCCGAUACCAUAGUGGUGAUCGACACAAACCUCAUAUAUCAUGUCACCGUUCAAAAGCAACCGCUUUUACCCACCCACUCACUCUAUCGUAAAUUCCCGCACAAAUUGACCUCUGUGACUGAAGUGGUCAGUCUGCUUUUGGGUCUGGAGAAAUACACCAUAUGCCAUGGGCUGCCCCCCAAGGGCCCGUUAUACAGCCACGUUCCCAUUACGUUGGAGCGGGCUGCGACGUGCGAGUUCUUGGUGAAAAAAAACAGUGACGUCUGUUUUAACUGCAAAUUACUUUGUGAAUGAGGAUUAUGAACUGGGAAUAAGAGUGGGACCAAUUCUAUAGAGCACUGAUGUAUAAUGUAUUUUUUUCAGUGUGCUCUGACCUGGAAUAAUAAGAAAGAUGCACCACCAAAGGCAUUCCAAGGACAUUAAGCGUAUUUCUUUCAGCAUUGUGGUUUUCUUUAAGGAUGAUGGAUGUCAGUCGAAUACUCUCAGACUCAUAGUGUGGACGAUCGACUUGCACCUGAAGAAUCGAUGCAUACAACAUACAUGGAUGCUGUAAUUUUGAUCUUUUAACUCACUCUUGCUGUCUUGUCCAAAUUGAAGUCUCAAUCGUAAUGAUCUCUAUUACUCUUGACAUUUUUACCAUGGCACUGGCUGCCUUCUUCUCCUAAUGGCCUGCCUAAGUGUUUGCCCUUCAUUUUUUUCUUGGGGGCUGGGGUUAUUGUCUAUUGUUUUUGAUACAUCAGUUUGUUAUGAGUAGGUUUUACUGCAAGAAUCUAAAAAAAUGUAUAAUAAUUCACUGAUUGUAGUUAAUUCAAGUAUCGAUCCCCAAGAUGGAUUUGUCAAAUCGCUAUUUAACAAAUGCAAAAUAAGUUGGAAGCAGUAAUGUCAAUAAAGACCUUCUGAAUUGAAAUUUGUCAGAAAUUUGAGUUGCACCAGUAAAGUGAUUAAAAAUU